AUGCGGCGCGACUUGUGCGCACACGCAACCGGAGAUCUCAUUCAGCAGUUGGAAGCGCUGGGGAUCGAAAUUCCCCCGCAGGACGCAGGCAGGGUAACAGAGGGGGGGGCAGUGGUGCGGGAGAGGAACGCUGGUAUGGAAGAUGUGAGGCAAGCACCGGUCAGUCAAGCCGGGGAUGACGCACGGGAAACGGCGAUGAUGAGGGAAAUGGCGACUAUGAAGAACGAUGUGAUGUUCCUGGACGCGAGCUUCACCGUCAUAGCCAGUUUUGUGGGAUUGAGGCACGAGGAGGUGGUGUCCGCUGCAACCCAACUACUGAUGCAAGGCAACCCCGUGAGAUCCGGCGCGAAAGCAGAGGCAGGUGGCACCAAGAAUGCCCCACACACUCCACAGCGUCCAUCCGGUCGCAAGAGGCGUGAUGACAGCAGUCCAGAGGAGGAUGUCGUACGCAAUGCCACCCGUGUUGCGCUGGCCUCCUUGUUCGCUGCAUGUGAUCCGACAGCGCGCUUGUUGCAAAACCCGCUGCUGUCAGGAGGGACCAUACCUCACUGGAUGUUCACCCGCGGGAGACCGCUGCUCGGGGUGACGGUGCCGGCUGGAGCUGAUGCGUGGGGAGAUACGAGCGGCCACGAGACGGUGAAGGCAGAAGAAGAAGAGGAUCUCAUGUCAGACACGGAGGACGAAGAGGAUGGUGACGACACGUGUGCAACGAAGUACACAGGAGUCAAGUUGGAGAAAGCAUCAGGCAAGUUCGGCGUGAAGAUCCUGAUCAAGGAAGGAGGAAAGCGUAGGCAACAGCGGCUGGGUGCGUACACAUCGGAGGAGGAGGCGGCGUUUGCGUACGCCGCAGGUGCGUUUGUCCUGAGGCCACGAGACAAGAUACCCAACACGGCCAGUCUGUCAGCCGCAGAGAAGGCGAUGCUGCGUGGAUGCACCAAGGAAGAUCUGCAGCUCCUGCGUAAGCGUGGCGAGACAUGGAGCGGCGGGUCGGACGAUGAUGGAGAGGACGACGAGGAAGAUACGCAUGAAACUCUAGUGCUGACCAGCUGGGCGCACGACAAGGAUGGCGUGCCUUUUGCCUCCCGAGCGUUCGCGACAUGUGCGAAGGCUGCCUUCAAGCCGAAGAAGGCAGGGCUGGUGAUGACCCUUAAGGUCUCCGACUGCGUCCUCUACUGGGAGGCGCGGAAAGGCCGGCUCUCCAACUCGGCGGGCGGGAACGCCCACGUUGUGGAUGUGCUCAAGUUCCUGGUCAAGGAGGCCGUGGAGAGGGCGAUCUGUAUCCGCAACCCCGAGUAUGACGCGGAGCGCGAGGCGUGGAUUUGGGGGCGCCAUGGCCUGCGCAUCUCUGCGUGCGGCCUGGAGCACAUGAAGCCCGCGGCCGCCGCCCAGUCCGAAGGCAUCGUAGGGGAUGACGACCUUUUGGCGUCACUUGGUGCUGAGUAG